GCAGGAAAGUUACUUUGGGGAGAGUGGAAAGUGAGGUGGGCAGGCAGCCAGCUAAGGAGGGAAUGGCAAUCACGAUCUGUGAUCUGUUUUUUUCCUCUUCUUUGACAUCCCCACAUCAAUGAUACACGCACACCCAGGCACUAAUUCAGGGGUUACGCGUUUGAAAAGCUGGCAUCCUCCACCCCCAGGAGUGAGCGGUGGGUAAGGGUCUGGACUGGGCGCCGGGUCGGAAUUUUCGUGCGGAAGAGGCUCUACCCUCUGGGGCCCGUCUGGGGGAAACACAGCCUCAAGACUCUUCCUGCUGAUGCAAUCUGCAGGAGAGCCAGCGAUCGCCGCUGCCAGGGCCAGUCUGCUAGGCGCCCGCCACGUGUGCCCGCCGCCCCUCCAGCCCCUUCCCCAGACUCGCGCCGCCCGGAACGCCCGGGACGCAGCGCCUUUGCCUCCGCUCACCUCGAGCUGCUCUCACGGCCGACCGAACAAUGAAGUCAUCGCCGGGCAGGACCUUGCAUUCUUCUUCUCUUCAGACUUCUGCUCAUCCCCCGCUCACAGGAUGUACCGCCCGCCUCAAGCUCUUUCACAGCUGCAUUCGUGAACCGAGAUAAAAGGCUGCUCGCAGCUCCUUCCCCUGCCUGUUUUGAAGCGCGGAAAGGAAGAGGAAGCUCUUCUCAAUUUUCUAAGAUGCACAGGAGGGCGAACCUGGAAUUUAACCAGUCUGCCCGAAGCCGGCGGUGGAGGACAAAAACAGCCGCGACCUCCGGCAGGGCAGAAAGAGAAGGGGAGCCCUCGCAGGACGCUCUCCUUUGGGGCCCGUGCCUGGGUGUUUGAUCCUCCUUUUCCUGUUUGCUUGGGGACCGGACCGGAGCGGAGCAAAGGGUGUGAUGGACUGCAGUAAUGGAUGCUCCGCGGAAUGUCCCGGAGAAGCAGGAUCAAAAGAGGUGGUGGAGACUUUUAAGGCUAAAGAUCUAAUAAUCACACCAACCACCGUUUUAAAGGAAAAACCAGACCCCAAUACUCUGGUUUUUGGAACGGUUUUUACGGAUCACAUGUUAACAGUGGAGUGGUCCUCGGAGUUUGGAUGGGAGAAACCACACAUCAAGCCUCUUCAAAACCUGUCGUUGCAUCCAGGUUCGUCGGCUUUCCACUAUGCAGUGGAACACCAUCUUUAUUUGAAAGAACAAAGAAAAGUUACUCAAACUCAGUUAUUUGAAGGAUUGAAGGCAUUUCGGGGAGUAGAUAAUAAAAUUCGUCUGUUUCGACCAAACCUCAACAUGGAUAGAAUGUACCGGUCUGCUAUGAGGGCAACUUUGCCGGCAUUUGACAAGGAAGAGCUUUUAGAGUGUAUUCAGCAGCUUGUGAAAUUGGAUCAAGAAUGGGUCCCCUACUCAACAUCUGCAAGUCUGUAUAUUCGUCCUACAUUCAUUGGAACUGAGCCUUCUCUGGGAGUCAAGAAGCCUACUAAAGCCCUGCUGUUUGUAAUCUUGAGCCCAGUGGGACCUUAUUUUUCAAGUGGAAGCUUUAAUCCAGUGUCCCUGUGGGCCAAUCCGAAGUACGUAAGAGCCUGGAAAGGUGGGACCGGGGACUGCAAGAUGGGAGGGAAUUAUGGCUCAUCUCUCUUUGCCCAAUGUGAAGCAAUGGAUAACGCGUGCCAGCAGGUUCUGUGGCUCUAUGGAGAGGAUAAUCAGAUAACUGAAGUUGGAACAAUGAAUCUUUUUCUUUACUGGAUAAAUGAAGAUGGAGAGGAAGAACUGGCAACUCCUCCGCUAGAUGGCAUCAUUCUUCCAGGAGUGACGAGGCAGAGCAUCCUGGACCUGGCACACAAUUGGGGAGAAUUUAAGGUGUCAGAGAGGUACCUCACCAUGGACGACCUGACCACAGCCGUGGAGGAGAACCGCGUGAGGGAGAUGUUUGGUUCUGGUACCGCCUGUGUUGUUUGCCCAGUUUCGAAUAUACUGUACAAGGGUGAGACUAUACACAUCCCAACUAUGGAGAAUGGGCCUAAGCUUGCAAGCCGCAUCUUGGACAAAUUGACUGAUAUUCAGUACGGAAGAGAAGAGAGUGACUGGACAAUCACAGUAUCCUGAAUGGAAAAGAACAGGCUAUCAUUUGUGUGCUCUUGGGACAGACUGUUGCAUUUGAAUUAUGAGAAAUUUCUUUGGCUAUCUGUUUUUAGUUGUGCAUAAUGUAGUUUGUAUUAUCCGUGUUACCAGGGCGAUUGUUUCCUCAUGCCAGAGAAGAUGAAUUGCAAUCAUCCAGUGGUAGUUUAUAAACUUGCUCCUAGAAGCUUACCUUACCUUCUCUAGAAAGAUGAGAAUGGAAGCCAUCUAAGCGCAGAAUUUUCCUCCAUAACCUGAGUGCUUCCCUUGGUACUUCAAUCAGAUAAAAAAGUGUUUAUUCUUUAGCAUAAGUUACGUUCUGCUCCUCAACCAAGCGAGUGUUUUUUGUGUUUGAAAGCUGAUCUGAGUAACUUUCAUAGGUACCAUUUCCUGCGACACAUCUUCAUCCUCAGAAGGUUUUUUUUUUUUUUUUUAAAUCAAGACUUUGAGAAACUGGAUUUCCUCCCCUCAUAUUUCUUUCCAGGUCCCCUAAGUCCAUCUUAGGGAAAAUCUCUCCCUCCUUCCUGAUGUCACGGUCUGCGCCAGGCUCUCCUGGUGCAUCAGCAAGGCCCACCCCUGCCCUUUCCAUAUUGUGUUGUAAUCAGCGGUCAGGCUUCACUACAAGACUGAGGGUCUUGUGCCUUAUAGAUCUUUGUAUCCCCCUCCUGGCACAUAACAAGGAAUGAAUGAACGAACAUGUACCUUCUAUAGAAGUGUACCUUCUUUGUUUCUAUAUUGUGAAAUCUCUUUAUUAGAAUUUGUGAUUGAUUCUGACUUUGUAUUUACCUCAUAUUGUCUUUAUUUUCCAUGGACUGCUAAGUCAUUAGAGAUGCUCAGAGUCAUAGUUUGUUGGAGGAAUGAUUUCUUAUUUGAAGACUGUCUUGGAAUUAAAGUAAUAGCUCUAGAGAGAUCGUGAUACCAUAUCAACGAAAUGGAAAUGAUAUAUGUUACGUGUUAAACACAUAAAUGUUAUGUUAAAUACAGAAUAAAUCAUAUUUAGUUUUUUGAUAGAAAGCAAAGAGGUAUAUACUCUGGUUUUUAUACUCUGGUUUUAUAGGUGCUCAUUUCUGUUGGAUGGGGAUUGGAUAAGCACAUGGUUAGGGUACAGGGAGAGUGAUUAUAGAUGAUAUUUUCCUUGUUUAGGAGCCAUGAGUUAAAUUGUAUCCUGGUUUAUUUAGGGGAAAGUCAAAUCUUGAUAGAAAACAUUUACCCUUGGAAGGUCAACUCUCAGACAUUAUAUUUUGGUUUCCUUUAGUCCUAAUAACUUUCAUCUUGCUGAUCAUAUUUCAUCCUCUUUUCAGAGCAAGGAAAAAAAUUCUAAAAGUUUUGACGUGCUGGAAAAUUUUCCUUAAGGCAUUUAGCAACACAUAGCAAAUGGGGCUUUGAUUCUUUUCCAAGACUUUUGGCCAUAGAGUCUUUUUAGAUAGGAACGGUAAAAUGAAAAUGAGGGAAGUAUAAGAUGAAAAGGAAUGGUAAAAAUAUCUUUUAGGGGGCUUUUAAUUGGCGAUCUGAAGUCUUGGGAGAGUCUGUUCUUUUUAGGUAGGGCUGAAGUGCUUUAACUAUCCUCUGCACAACUUUGUUCACCAAGUAGCAUUCUAAGAGUAUACAUUUGCCUUGGCUAAAUCCUGGGACCUCAUUUUCAAUAUUGUAGUCUAGAAAUGACUUAAGGUAAUUCUAACCUGUCAAGUAGCCCAUAAUAGCCAGACUCAACAUUCCUAUGAGAAAUGGAAAUCAUCUAUUUGCCACAAAUACAUUUUAUACUUUGCAUCUCUGAAUUUAGUAUGGCGAGACAUGUGCGUUGUAAGAGUUGGAGAGCAAUAUGUCUUGACAUUAUGUCUGUGUGAUUUAUUUCAUCAAACCUUAAGAGCAUUUUAAGCCCUUUCUACCAGACUCUGAAGAUGAAGGAUGUACAUUUAAGGAAACAAGGUCUCCUAAAACAGAGAACACAAUCUGCCAUUCUCGUUUAAGUAAUAAGACAGGAAAUUGACUUUGACACUAACUUGUUAAAUAGAUUUAAAGGGAACAACUGCACAUCUUUUUUCCUUGUGCACUAUUUGUUUAAUUGCAGUGGAUUAAUACAGCAAGAGUGGCACAUUAUAACUAGGCAAUUAUCCAUUCUUCAAGACUUAGUUAUCGUAACACUAAUUGAUCAUUUAAGGCAUAAGAUAGGCUAGCA